CUAGGCAUGCAGACUGCUUCUACAAACAUUUGUGAAAGAAUGGGUCGCUCUCAGGAGCUCAAUGAAUUCAAGCGUGGUACUGUGAUAGGUUGCCACCUGUGCAAGAAGUCCAUCCGUGAUAUUUCCUUGCUACUAAAUAUUCCACAGCCAAUUGUUAGUAGUAUUAUAACAAACUGGAAGCAACUGGGAACAACAGCAAUUCUGCCAUGAAGUGGUAGGCCACGUAGAAUUACAGAGCGGGGUCAGUGCAUGCUGAAGCGCACAACACUGUCUGGCAAUCCAAUGGAUUAGGUUUGGCUACUGCCAGGAGAACGGUACUUGCCUGACUGCAUUGUUCCAAGUGUAA